AUGCGAGUCACGAGCGGCGUGGGCAAUGACGACUUGUUCAGCCAGUCAGGAGCGUGGACGGCAAUGCUAGAGGCUCGCUUCCCUGGUACGCAGACGGAACGCGCUGGCGCCAGCCGUACCUACAUGAAUGCCAGUACCUUCGCGUCCAUGUUGGCAGUUCCUCGAACAGCCAGUGCGACCACACGUCGUGGACGAGUGUCACCACCACACAAGUUGCCCCCCUAUCCCCUUGCUGUCGUCCCAGGCGGUGGUGAUUGGCCAGCAAGGCCCGUGAACGAUGAAUCUGCCACGUUGGCCACACCCCCUGAACAGGACCCAUGGCAGCAGGCUCAUGUGUCAGACAAUCCUGGUGGUUCUGGAUAUUGGCGGCGUCACCAAAGAUUGCGGUCGCUGCCCAUCAUUCCCUCGAACGGGGCGCCACCCUGGGCAUGGGCGGGCCUUGGACUUGUCUUGUUCGCCCCGUCCGGCCUGUGUGCCUCUGUCGACUGCCGCCGCGAGGACCGCCCCUGGGCCCGCCCAAUCUCCAGGCCUGCAGGCUGACGAGGGUGCCGGGCAGGGCCAGUCAACGGAGCCGGUGGUAAGAAUAGAGCGCUA